CCAUUUGUGCCCGCAAUAAGCAUGCGGAAGUAGCAGAAACUUUAUUUAGGAAGGAAUAAAAUGUGUUUUGUUGCAAAUAUUGCAUCUGAAGGUUGAAAGGUUGAAAGAUAACUCUCUGGAAUUAAAUAUUGCAAUGGGUAAUAAAAGGAAAAUGAAGGAACGAAGGGAAGAAAAAUCCCUGGCAAAUAAAGAAGCUUACACAAGAAUGAACUUUUUGUAUCAGGCUUCCCAAACAGUUUUAAUGGAGAAUCCACAAAAUGUAGAGCUUUCAAGAUUUUAUAUCUUCACUAUGAAAAAUAUUGGACAAAAAUUGCUUUGUAAGAUAGACCCAUCCAUUAAGAGAACAGUCUGCAAAUAUUGUCACUCAGUUCUUAUUCCUGGUGUAACAUCGACGGUCAGAGUUAGAGGGAAAAGAGAAAAACAUGUGGUUGUAACAUGCUUGGACUGCGGGACGUUAAAACGAUUCAAUACUCGUAAGAAUUAUCAACUGUGGUGUGAGCAACAAGAGAAUGAAAACACACAGGAAGCAAAAUAAAAAUAGAAACUUUGUUGAAAAAAAUCACCUCAUUCUUUGGACAAUAUGCUCCCUAAAUGAAGUUGUCAGUCCUUAAAUAUAUAAUUAUAUACUAUUUACUUUAUUUAUUACCCUUCAAAAUAGUUACCACAUUAUAAAAAAUAAAUGCCAAAAUUAUAUUGUAUUAGUUCAAAACCAAGUCUGCCAUCUUAACUUCAGCAUUUCAACUCUUUUAUAUAACAAAGUUUGAUUGCAAUGCUUCAUAAGACAAACUAGUUUUUUACACACAUGAUUAUUUUCAUUCUUAAUUUAUCUCUUCACUUCUUCCACCCUGGUUCCAUUUCAUGUUGUUUUCUUCGUGAAGCUCAGAGCGGAAGAGAAUAUUCAGAAUCUUGA